AUGGCCGACGAGGAGCACGACUACGGUACGCCGCACCACGACGGCGAGACCCACCAACAUGCCAACACCGUCCACACUCGCCUACGGGCCAACAGCUCCAUCAUGCAGCUGACCAAGAUCCUUGUCGCCAACCGAGGUGAAAUCCCGAUCCGUAUCUUCCGUACUGCCCACGAGCUGUCUCUCCAGACCGUCGCCGUGUACAGUUACGAGGACCGACUCUCCAUGCACAGGCAGAAGGCCGACGAGGCAUACGUCAUUGGCAAGCGUGGCCAGUACACACCGAUUGGCGCAUACCUCGCUGGAGACGAGAUCAUCAAGAUCGCAAAGGAACACGGUGUAUCAAUGAUUCACCCUGGAUAUGGUUUCCUCAGUGAAAACUACGACUUCGCCAAAGGUGUCGAAGAUGCAGGCCUCAUUUGGGUUGGUCCUCGCCCAGAGACCAUCCGGGAUCUCGGAGACAAGGUUUCGGCCCGAAAGCUUGCCGAGAAGGCCAGCGUGCCAUGUGUGCCUGGUACUCCCGGCCCGGUUGAGAAGUUUGAGGAUGCCAAAGAAUUCACCGACGAGUAUGGCUUCCCGAUCAUCAUCAAGGCCGCUUUCGGAGGUGGUGGUCGUGGUAUGCGAGUCGUCUGGAAACAGGAGGAGCUGAAAGACUCCUUCGAGCGAGCUACAUCCGAGGCCAAAUCCGCAUUCGGCAAUGGCACAGUCUUCAUCGAGCGUUUCCUCUACCGACCCAAGCACAUUGAAGUUCAAAUUCUCGGCGACAGCCACGGUAACGUUGUGCACUUGUACGAACGUGACUGCUCCGUUCAGCGUCGUCACCAGAAGGUCGUGGAACUCGCGCCCACCAAGGAUCUGCCGCAGGCGACUCGGGACGCCAUUCUCAACGAUGCCGUCAAACUCGCCAAGACGGCCAACUACCGCAAUGCCGGUACUGCCGAGUUCUUGGUCGACCAAGAGAACCGCCACUACUUCAUUGAGAUCAACCCGCGUAUCCAGGUCGAGCACACCAUUACCGAAGAGAUUACUGGUAUCGACAUUGUCGCUGCCCAGAUUCAGAUCGCGGCUGGCGCAUCACUUGAGCAACUUGGCUUGACUCAGGAUCGCAUCAGCAUUCGCGGUUUCGCCAUCCAAUGCAGAAUCACCACCGAGGACCCUGCGAACGGUUUCAGCCCAGACACUGGCAAGAUUGAAGUUUACCGAUCUGCUGGUGGAAACGGUGUCCGACUCGAUGGUGGUAACGGAUUUGCUGGAGCAGUCAUUACUCCUUACUACGAUUCCAUGUUGGUCAAGUGUACAUGCCACGGCUCCACUUACGAAAUUGCUCGCAGAAAGGUGCUCCGUGCCUUGGUCGAGUUCAGAAUUCGAGGCGUGAAGAGCAACAUUCCCUUCCUUGCCUCGCUUCUCACCCACCAAACCUUCAUUGACGGAAACUGCUGGACCACUUUCAUCGACGACACUCCCGAGCUGUUCUCACUCGUCGGCAGCCAGAACCGCGCACAGAAGCUCCUCAGCUACUUGGCCGAAGUGGCCGUCAACGGCCCUCAAGUCGUUGGACAAAUCGGCGAGUCAAAGCUCAAGAGCGAGGUUGUCAUUCCCACUCUCACAGACCACGACGAUAAGCCACUCGACGUCUCGCAGCCGUGCCAGAAGGGCUGGAGAAACAUCAUUCUUGAGGAUGGCCCUGAGGCUUUCGCGAAGGCUGUAAGAGCGAACAAGGGAACAUUGAUCAUGGAUACCACUUGGCGUGAUGCGCACCAGUCGCUUCUAGCGACUCGCAUGCGUACGAUCGAUCUUCUCAACAUCGCCCGCGAGACCACCUAUGCCUUGAGCAACGCUUGGGCAUUGGAGUGCUGGGGUGGCGCGACCUUCGAUGUUGCUAUGCGCUUCUUGUACGAGGACCCGUGGGACCGUCUGCGCAAGAUGCGCAAGGCUGUGCCCAACAUCCCGUUCCAGAUGCUGCUGCGUGGCGCCAACGGUGUUGCCUACUCUUCUCUGCCCGACAACGCCAUCUACCACUUCUGCUUGGAGGCCAAGAAGAACGGUAUGGACAUUUUCCGUGUGUUCGACGCUUUGAACGACGUUGAGCAGCUUGAGGUCGGUAUCAAAGCUGUCCUCAAGGCCGGCGGUGUUGUUGAGGGAACCGUGUGCUACUCUGGUGACAUGCUCAACCCAGCCAAGAAGUACAACCUCGAAUACUACCUCAGCCUGGUUGACAAAAUCAUCAAGAUGGGCGCUCACAUCAUCACGAUCAAGGACAUGGCUGGUUGCUUGAAGCCCAAGGCUGCCACUCUCCUAGUUGGCGCAAUCCGCAAGAAGUACCCGGAUGUCCCCAUUCACGUGCACACCCACGACUCUGCCGGUACCGGUGUUGCAUCGAUGGUUGCUUGUGCUCAAGCCGGUGCUGAUGCGGUUGAUGCCGCGACCGACAGCAUGUCUGGUACCACUUCUCAGCCGGCUAUCGGCGCUCUCGUCGCAUCUUUAGAGGGCACCGAGUUCGAGACCGGCCUCAACGCUCACCACCUGCGUCAAAUCGACUCAUACUGGGCUCAAGUCCGUCUCGUAUACUCACCUUUCGAGGCCGGUCUCACAGGUCCCGACCCUGAGGUUUACGAGCACGAGAUUCCUGGUGGUCAGUUGACCAACCUGAUCUUCCAGGCCGCUCAACAGGGUCUUGGAGAGAAGUGGGCUCAGACCAAGAAGGCUUACGAGCAGGCCAACGAUGCGCUUGGCGACAUCGUCAAGGUCACGCCUACCUCCAAGGUUGUUGGUGACCUCGCACAAUUCAUGGUUGCAAACAACCUUGAUCUCAAGAGCCUGCACGAGAAGGCCGAGUCCCUGGACUUCCCAUCAUCAGUUUUGGAGUUCUUCGAGGGUCUCAUGGGCCAGCCCUACGGUGGAUUCCCAGAGCCGCUCCGUACACAAGCUCUCCGCGGGCGCCGCAAGAUGGACAAACGUCCCGGUUUGUACUUCGACCCGAUCAACUUUGACGAGGUUCGCGCCAAGCUCAAGGAGACAUACGGCGGUUGCUCUGAGACCGAAGUCGCCAGCUACGUCAUGUACCCGAAGGUCUUCGACGAGUACAAGAAGAAGGUCGCGCAAUGGGGUGACCUGUCAGUCGUGCCGACGCGCUACUUCCUCAACAAGCCCGAUAUCGGAGAGGAGUUCCACAUUGAGAUCGAGAAGGGCAAGGUCCUCAUUUUGAAGCUUUUGGCUGUUGGUCCUCUCAGCGACCAGACUGGCCAGCGCGAGGUCUUCUUCGAGGUCAACGGUGAGAUCCGUCAAGUGACCAUCACUGACCAGCAUGCCGGUAUCGAGAACCUGAGCCGACCAAAGGCCGACAGCACCGACAGCAGCCAAGUCGGUGCGCCCAUGGGCGGUAUGGUCAUCGAUGUCCGUAUCAAGGAGGGCAGUGACAUCAACAAGGGCGACCCGAUCGCCAUUCUCAACGCCAUGAAGAUGGAAAUGGUCAUUUCAGCGCCUCACUCCGGAAAGAUCGAGAACCUCUCCGUCAAGGAAGGCGACUCAGUUGACUCUCAGGAUCUCAUCUGCAAGAUUGUCAAAUAG